AUGACGAUGAUUGAUGAAAGCUGUCAAAAGUUGUUCCGCGAGAAUUAUAAGUUGGAUUGCAAUAAUGCAGGUUGAUGUUUAGCGCAACGUCAUUUCCUAAUAAAUUAAUAUGACGGCACGCUCAAUCGUACAAGUUUUCGAUCAAUAUCAGAAAGCACGAUUGCUCUUCGUGCAAUCCGUUGCAGAUUUAGCCUCGAAGUCAAACAACAUCGACCAUCUGGAAACAGCGGGUGCGAUAGACCUCUUACAUCCUUUAUUAUCAGAUACUGUACCAUCUAUCCAACAUGUGGCAGCAAUCGCUCUGGGCAAGCUAGCGAAUCAUAAUUCCAGACUAGCGCACGUUAUCGUUAGAAAAGAUGUAUUGUCGCACUUGCUGAAGCAUAUAGACAAACAAAAUGUACGAGCUCUUUAA